AUGGACCGACAUUGGGAACAUCUGCCAGGCCUGUCAUCCCUGCUACAGAACAACCCUCAGCGCUUGGAGGACAUGGGCAGCAUGAUCGUGGACAUCGAUGUCAACCUAAUGGGUACUCUAGACACGGACUCGCAGCAAGUGUUCGUGUCCAGCACCCAGAAAGUGAUGGAAUCUUUGGGCAAAGUCCAGAAAGAGGCCGCCAGCCGACCGUCCAGCGAGAUCAGCGACACAGAGAAAGACUCGGACAAGGCAAAGGUCAAAAAGCUCACUCAAGAAAUCUUCUCCAUGCACCUGUCUGUUUCCUUCAGCAAGAGGAGAAAGAGAUCCACUCCCGCUGCCGACUGCGCCACCAUCCAGAGCUUCAACGGCGCCCUGUCCUUCCUCACGGCCUCCGAUAUCAGCGCAAUGAGCAACAGUGAGUUCACAGACUGUCUGGCCGAGUUCCAGACCACCUCUUGGGAUAGCAGCCAGCUGGAAGCCUUCGCUGCUCAGCUCAUUGAUAGCUUCGGCAGCGACUCAAGUACAUGGACCAAGGACAAUGUGUUGGACGCCGGGGUCCUACUGGACGCUCUCAACUCUACACACAUCCUGAACCUGACGGUCAUUGAUGAUGACGCACUGUCCACGCUCGGCACCUACACCUUCACCAACAAUGCUGCCCACAUCAUGACGUCAUACAUGACCACUCAGAACAUCGCUGACGUGUCCACCAUCAGUGCCAGUGUGUUGGGGAAUACCGGGAACCUGCUCUGUGGCUUCAACUCCACGCAGAUGCAGAGCCUGGACUCUAACGCUGUCGAUGCCUGCCUCAGUCCUCGAAGACCUGGGUUCGGAUCAGCUUGCCAGUAUCAGCACUGUUGCUAUUGCCAAUAUGGACACGACCACGUUCUCUACGGUGUUCACCGUGGAUAAGAUCAGCAGUUUGAGCAGCUCCCAGGCCAAUGCCGUGACCCAAGACCAGCUCAACUCUCUCAGCGCUGACCAGCUCUCGGCGGUCACAGCAGUCGCCACUACCACUACGGCCGGAGCGCCUCUGGUGUGGUGGUCAGUAUCUGGACACUCUGUCUUCUCCUGCUGGCGGCGGCCAUGCCUUUGGCUGUGUGAUCUGUACAAUGCUAGAUCUCUAUGCCUGAUUUACUUUUACGAGAAAUUAAAUGGCCUUUCUUGCUUUAUUUAUAAUCUUGUUAUGAAUCCGUUCCUAUUAUGUUGGCCCACAAUAGUGGUCACCUACACUGUGUCUUAACGUUUUCUUAUUUAUAUUUUCCUAUUAUUUUUCUAAAUCUCUACAUUGUUAUUGUGAUAUAUAUGAAAGACAAAAUCCUUACAUUCUAGAAUGUGUGGGUUGAUCAUAGAUCCGUUUCUCUUUUAUAAUAUGCUGAUGGCAUUUUCAUUUAUGUUUGCCCGGUUGGACUAUUUUUGAAAACUAAUGAGAAAGUUAUUAUUCUGCUUAGGCAUUUGUGUAUGGUUACAGCUUUUGACAUUAUUUAUCUGGACUGCAUUGUUUCUGCACCGCUUUUUCUAUUCAUAAGCUAAACAACAAACAAAAAAAUGUAAUGAAACGUAUAAAGAGCCACAACUUGCAAUCUUUCGCGUGUGACUUCUAUUACAUUCCAUUCUCAGCAAUAUCUGUACGACUUCCCGUUCCACAAGCCAGUCAGAAUCUGUAGAUAAUAUUUCUUAGAGUUUUAAAGUAUCAAAAUCAACGAAUGCAUUGUUCAAGAUUUAUGUGCGAUACCUGAAAUCUGUUUCCAAGUCAAGCAGCGAAAGCCGAUUACGUAAUACACAGUCUAUGUUAUAGUCUGCUGUUUGCGAGUACUGCCAAAAAUAGGGCAAAGUGCUACCUAGUACAGGUGUCGUCAACGUUUUUCCGGAAACUCUGAUAGAAACCUAAGGAAAAAGAGAAUAGAAGGAAUGUGAUAUUAUAGCAACAUUUAGGUGGGAAAAUGGCGUCCAAUGAAGUGGGCCUAGAGAGCAUUGGAUCUGAAAUAACAUACGGCCUAUUCAGUUGGGAAAAGGCUGCAAAUGCAUUGCUGUAUUACAUCUAUAAAAUUGUCGGACGAAGACAGACACCAAAGGCAUUUCCUGUAGAUUUUUUUUGGUCUCAACCAUCCCCCCCCCCCCCCCCUCCUUGCAUUUUUUCCUUUUAGGUUAAAAAAAAACCCCAACAUCUUGGUUAACAUGUUUACGUACAAUACUAAUUGUCAUGCACUUGUUAGUUAAUAGACUAAUCGUGCCGUAUGCUAGCUGCUUCAUACCCAGUGCAUAUUGUUCAUUUGUUACAGUUGAUUGAUUCAGUCGGGGCCGGUUACGAUUUUCCUUCAUUGGGGGACAAAAGCUGCCAUUUUUGUGGCUCAGUUUGAUUCAAUCUUUUGAAGAAAAAAAAACGUGUUUGAUUUUGGAGGAUUUCAAUCAAAUUGUGCCAAAUUUGUCGCUUGAGCCCUUGCAUGAAGAAAAAUCUGGGCGGCUCUGAAUCGGUUUGACUGAAUUCGAUUGACAGUGUGUACAGGGUACAAGGUGAUGUUGACCUGUGGCGAGCAGCUGAACUCGCUGCUUGGUUUCUGGAACUAUCUCCUGGACUCGUUUCUUAAAGUUUCACAGAAUAGUCUACGAUAGAGAAACACUGACACAAAUAGUAAAAGUAAAUUUGAAACAUUUCUCCUCUAUUCGGAAAAAUAAAUUAAAAACAUUUUACGCGCACCCAAACGUGGUCCCAUGGAUAGUGGAAGCACACAAUGCCCCUAUUUGGUCAAAAGGUGUUGGUUUCUUUUGUACGAGUUUUUAUACGGCACUUGCAGCACAAUUUGGUCUAUAAGUGCCGAAGAUUAGAGGUGUUACAAGAGAGUAAAA